CGCCGUAAAGAGGUGAAAGAGUUUCUCUCACUUUUGUAGAAGAGAUUGUAACACGUUUGCGAUUCGUAAGUUGUGUUUGUAUUUAACGUUAGCCUUUCUGACAGACAAAAAUGCUUGAAAAUGAAAGCCGUGAGUGUAAUGAAGCAGAAGAGUAUGUUGGACUUACGGAUUUUGUAGCUGAAGGAGCUGAACAGCUCAGUUUCGCAGUUGGCGAUAAGUUGCUUGUUCAUGACAGGAGUUCAGACGUGUGGUGGUGGGCUGAAAUGCAGGGUAGCUUUGGUUAUGUCCCGUCCAGCUAUUUACACCAAAGACCUGAGGAUAUAGAGGAUGCUUGGCAAGAUGAUGAAUAUUUUGGCAACUAUGGAACAUUAAGGCUUCAUCUAGAGAUGCUGUCAGAUAAACCACGCACAGAAACAUACCGGCAGGUGAUCUUGAGUAACUGCGCCGCACUGAGGGAGAAGGUGAUCCUGGAUUUGGGCUGUGGGACCGGAGUCAUCAGCCUCUUCUGUGCACUUCUUGCACAACCUGCAGCGGUGUAUGCAGUGGAGGCCAGUUCAAUGGCAGAACACACAGAGGAGUUGGUGAAGCAGAAUGGCUGUGAUGGAGUAGUGACUGUGUUUCAGCAGCGAGCCGAAAAUCUCACUCUUCCUACAAAAGUGGAUGUUCUGGUGUCCGAGUGGAUGGGAAACUGCCUUCUGUUUGAGUACAUGUUGGAGUCGGUGUUGUUGGCUCGAGACCGCUGGCUGAAUGAGGGAGGAAUGUUGUGGCCGUCUUCUGCUUGUUUGACUGUGGUUCCUUGCCAGGCUUUCUCUGAUUACAGGCAAAAAGUGGAGUUCUGGGAGAAUCCCUAUGGGUUAAACUUCAGCUACUUACAGUCACUUGCACAGAAGGAGUUUCUCUCCAAGCCUAAAUUUAGCCAUCAUCUCCAGCCUGAGGACUGUUUGUCUACUCCAGCUGAUGUUAUUACUCUUGAUAUGGUCACAAUACAGGUUUCAGACUUAGAGAGACUCAAAGGAGAGUUUACUUUCACCGUUGAGAAGUCGGGCAUGUUUCAUGGCUUCACUGUCUGGUUCAACGCACAUUUCCAGAGUUUAGAAGAAGACGGACCAUCACUGGAGUUGAACACUGGACCAUAUUCAGAGAUCACUCACUGGAAACAGACUCUGUUCAUGUUGGAUGCACCAGUGUCAGUCGAGGAAGGCGACGUUAUAGCAGGAUCUAUACGUCUGCAGAGAAAUCCAGUCUGGAGGCGGCACUUGUCAAUCACUUUUUCAUGGAAUAUAAACAGCACAGAGGUUUCGAAGGUGUGCACAAAAUGUUUUCCGAUGUGGAGGUGAUGAAGACAAUCCAUGAACUUUUCUUGUAUUGUGCUAUAAUAUACAUAAGGGACACUACAUGCAUUGAUUGAUGUACAAAAUACUUUGUUGAAAGGGACGUGCAGGUUAUAUUUAGCUAGAUAAAACUGACAUGAAUAAAGUGCAAUUCACUAGAA